GAAAUAUCAUUAACAGCAACAAGGAAGGAAUUAAAAAAGAGGAAGAGAGAGAGGAAAGGAGAGAAUGGUGGGGGAGGAGGAGGGGGAGAGGAAGAGCUGUUGUGUUUUCUGUGUGUGGGGAGGCCGCUUUCUCUGAGCAGCAGCAGCAGCAGCAGAAGCGGAACUCUCUCUCUCUCUCUCUCUCUCUCUCUCUCUCGCGCGCGCGCUCGGCGUGCGUGUUCUUGCUCGCUUGCGUGGUGGACCCGUUGCAGGAGACGACCGUCUCCUCUCCCCAACGAGAAGAGAAGCAGCAGCAGCGGCGACGAUAGAUCAAACGCUUUGGAGACCCAGCCCUUUCACCAGUUAAUAUGUGGACCCGACACGCCUGCCUUCUCUGAUACUGGCGUCGGCCGGAAUUCUAGUUAACUCCGGCGGCUGGCUUUGCUUGGUAGUUUCCUGGCGGCAUUGAAGUAGGACCGGUGAUGGGUCCGAGGCCGGGAGGGCGCGGGUGUUCGUCCUGGGGUGCCGCUCUCUCUCGCAUUCAGGUUCCUUUGCUUCUCUUCUGCUCGUCGGAUAGCCGCCGAUGACGUCUUGGCCGCCGUCGACCUCCGUGACGUCGAUCGAGGCAAACUGAAAUUUUGAGAAUGCCAUCUCUGCGAGUGAUGUGAUUCCAACAACAAAUCAUAAUGAGGGAGGUCAGCUGUUUGCAAACGAAGGAAAGAUAACUGAGCAGAAGGGAUUGUUUCCACCUGAUGACAGAGUUUGAUGAUGUUGAGGUUCAGCAUUCCGGUAUAAGUCUACUUAUUUUUAUGAGAUUCGGUUCCUUCAAACUGCAGUAAUAUUUUUGUAUCUAUCACGCUCUCUGUAGAAAAUGGGAGCAAAAGUACAAUGUAACACUUACUUGCCUGGAUAUUAUCACAUGAGGGAUCUAAAUGAUGACACGAGGAGUACUAUUUGUUCGCAAUUUUAUGAUGACAGGAUGAUGAAAAGUGGGCCAUUCUGUAAUGGAUUCAUGCAGCAGAGUAGGGAUGGUUAUUCUGAAUAUGACAAGGAGGUGCUAAAGCAGACAAUGCUUAAGCAUGAAGCCAUAUUCCGGAAGCAGGUCUGUGAACUGCACCGCUUAUACCAAGUGCAAAAGAACUUGAUGGACGAUCUGAAAAGGAAAGAAAUGAUCGAGUACUCCUUGCCACUGGAAGCUAUGCAUGACGGCCAGUGUAUAUUACAAAUGAGAUCUGACAAUUCAGAGAAGAUCUGUCAGAUGGCCAUGCCAUCUGUGGGUAGCUCAAGUUGCAGUAGGCAGUCUGCUUCUGAAACUGACAACAUGCAGUCUUCACUUACUCUUUUGAGAGAGAACAGCAGCCUGCAAAAGUAUUCUGAGUUGCAGAGCUCUAAAAUGAACAAGCUUCCCCGAAAAACUAUUGACCUUCGGCUUCCAGCUGAUGAGUACAUUGAUAUUGAGGACAGGGAAGCAUCAAUUGAGGAGGUCAAAGUUUUUGAAGCAUCAUCUGGAUCCUUUUGUGGAAUUAAGUAUCCUCUUGAGAGGAACCUUAAUAUGGUUCCUGAGAGUGAGGUAAAGCUGACUCUUGGUCCGGGCUUGAAUGCAAGUACAAGUGGUGAUCAUCACAGGUCAGAAACACAUUUACUACACAGCAUCCAUGUUAGUGAGAUAUCAGAGUUAAAUGUUAACCAUAGAGAGCGUAAUAAGGAAGUAGCAACAAGUUUUGGGAUUCCAGAUAUCUUUAAUGAUGAGAUAAGAGCAAAAGAACUGCGCUCUCAAGCAGGUGGAAGUCCUUUUGGACUGCUAAAAGAUCAUAUUCAGGGUAGUAAUACUGAAAAUAUUCACAGGCAUUGGAUUUCUUUGGAUUCAGAGUGUGAGAGAAGUAAAGGUGAUCGGCAAUCUUCAAAUCUUAGGCCUGGUCAUUAUGGAAGUGUGGACACUCCAUUUGCUCAGCGAUAUAGAAAUGGCAAAGAGCAGUUUAAUUUUGGGAAAUCACAUGAAAUCCCUAGAUUUUGUUUGAGUGAACAGCAACAGGAAUCAUGGUUCAAGGACCAGCGUAAUGCACAUGCAGAAUUUCCUAAAGUAAAUCUAAUUGAUACCAGAGCUGCAAGAGCCACGAGUCUGUCAACUUCGUUUCCAGUAACUUUUUCUGUUCUUUCUCGGCCUGAUUUGUCUGAUACUGCUCCUGCCGAAAUUUUCACUCAGAAGAACUCGGCUUCCACUAGCAAUCAGUUACCUUUCGGGUUCCAGUCACCUGCAUAUCUAGACAGGUCCAUGGGGCAGAAUUUUCCUGGCAGAAUCCCCUUAACACCUUUUCAAAGUGCUGAAUUUUCUGAACAGAAGUGGCAUCCCAGUGGCAGCUUAAGAUCUUGUCAAAGAAUUGACCUUGAAGUACCACCACGUCAUGAUAGUUUUAAAUUGUCUGCACGAGCAGCUGAUAGGUCAUAUCCAUCCUUCACUUCUACAGGCCUUGGUAAGCUAGACCUGAACAAUGGAGAGUGCUCGAGUCAUGGACAGUCAGCAGACAGUGGUCCUAGGAAGCUUUUGAAAGGCAUGGAUUCUCUUGAUGUCAAAUCAAACAGAAGUGUCUCCUUAAGUCUGGUUCUGCAAAAUGGGUUUACAGAUGAUGCUGCCUCUUGGAACCAGAACUCUCUGCUGGUUGACAAAGGAGGUAAACGUGGUAAUAUAUUGGAAGGGCAGCCCAUGCGGUCACAUGAGGCUGAGACAAAAACAUAUCCCAGCAAUUCUUUGCUGUCCAAUAAUGGUAUUGGACAGCCACGUUUAGGUCUUUCACGGCUUAUUGAUCAGCCAACACUCAUCAUCGACCUGGAAAAGCCAAUAUUAGAGGUUGAACCUGAAACUGAAGCCCCAAGUGAGAAACCAACCUGUGAUGUGGGAAGUGUCUCACAGUCAAACGGUGGUCCUGGUGCUAUUCAGCAGCUUGUUGUUUCUCAUGCUCACAAAAAUGAAUCGACUUGUGCCCCUGAGGCUGGGAUAGUCCAAAGCUCAUGCAGCGGUAGGCUUAAUUUCUUCCAGGAACCAUUUGCACUUCAGUUGUCCCCAGAGUCUAUGAAAGAUUGCUCAAAGUCUAAUGGCUUCAAAACUCAUAAGCAUGUUGAUAAACCUCAAGAAAGCCUACACAAUGAUCUCAAGGUACACAAUUUCCAAAAGCAGGUGUCAAGAGAACAAGCACAUGGGCAUCAUACAUAUGAAGGCUCUCUCAGCACUUCUUUGGGCCUUUGUGAAGGCAAAUCCAUCCAUUUGGAGGAAGGUGUGAAUGAACAAGUCAAUUUGUUUGGGAUGGAGCAUGAAUCCACAACUAAGGGGAUUGUCUCCAAGGAAGAGAAACUGGGUCAUAUUGAACAGGAGAUUAAAUCUAUCGCUGAAGAGACACCACAAGAUCCUGGCAUCAAUCUUGCACAACAUUCAAAUAGGAAUGUAGGGAAAAUUCAUCAGUUAGAUUUGAACUGGCCUGGUGAUGCUGCUUUGUCACAGGGACCUGAAUUGCCUGCCAUAUUGGUAGAGAAGAUUUCGUGCACUGAAAAGUCUAAAAGAUUUGACUGUUCUCUAGGUGAUGAACUUCGUUGGAGUUCCAGUGGUUGCUCAAUUGAAUCAUCAAAUUCACUUGUUACCGUGGCAGCUGAAGCGCUCAUUAUGAUUUCAUCUUUUUCUCAGGAGAAAUCAGAGGAUUUUGCUUGGAAUGAACCAGAGGCAGCAUUAACCGAUUCCCUGAAAUGGUUUGCCGAUUUAGUUUGUCCAGAUUCUGGCCUUCUAGAGUCUAAUACCAAAGCUUCUGGAUCAAAUGGUGAUGAUUCACACUCUUCUGAAGAGGAUUUGUUUGAAUCAAUGACUCUGAUGUUGAGGGAGGACAAAAUGGACAAGGACUACUGUUACCAGUCACAGCCUCACCAGGAGCCUGGGGGACCUGAAACAGAUGCAUCUCCAGCCAAGAAUCAACCUACUAGGCGAGCACCAAGGAGAGGUAGACGGCAGAGAGACUUCCAGAGGGAUAUAUUGCCUGGUCUCAUGUCUCUCUCCAGGCAUGAGGUCAGUGAAGACAUGCAAAUGAUCUGUAGCAUGAUGAGGGCAUCUGGCUGCUUCUGGCAGCCAGUGGUAGCACGAAGAAAUGGCUAUAGGAAUGAGUGGAGCUCCCCAACAAGGGGGAGGCGGUCGAGAUGCAUCAGCAUGGCCGUGGAGGUCAACGAGGCUGUUCUUGCAGUCCUUCAGCCAACUUCUGACCCUGAAAUAAUUGAUGAAACUGUGAGCUUGAAGGGUUUCUCUUGGGGGAAGACGACAAGGAGGCGUAGGAUGCAGAGAUGUCCGAGCAGUAUUCCGACUUCAUGCACGACAAAAAAGUCAUGAAUUCGGAUGACAACAAAGGGAAUCUGUGUAAGGGAAGUGCUAUUAAAAAACUCCGCUCUAGGAUGGUGGUGGCCCCCGUAGUUGCCCUGUGUAAAGAAUUCCAUCUGGGCCCAGUUUUGGUUGGGCCCAUUGAUCAUCUGUCGAGUAACCAUUUGUAUUAUUCAUAAUAAUGUGCAUUAUUUGGUGUGGAAGUGCGGCACUUCUGUUUUAGUUUUGACUUUAUGGGUUGGUGCAGCUUCUUGUGUUGGGUGUGGCUCAGGAAAUUCACCCGAGACACCUAUGAAAUUCAAACGGGUUUGUUGACAAUUUUGGUGCCUGUCAGGUACUUCUAAUGCAGUUUUUUUUCCUUUUC